AUGCACGUGUGCUUCCGCGGCGGCACCGGCGACAGCAGGGUCUCCAGGUCCAUCAGCGUCAUCAGGGGAUUCACCAAGAACAUGAAAGCCAUGUCCCUCAAGGCGAAGGAGGGGGGCGGUGGCGGCCAUGGGCGGCGGAGGCGGCGGAAGGAGGCUGACGGUGGGGAUCACAAUGAUGCUUCCGGAGCGCCGUCGGCCAAGAUCGCGCCGGCGCAGUUGCAGGACGAAGCGGACAACGACGAUCGCCGCCGUGAUCAUGAGCUGCGCAUUGAAGAGGACAAGAAAGGAGGGAAGAAGCAAGAGUACUGCGACAAGUGCUGCUCCCCUCUGCUGGACGACGACGACUGUGGCGGCGCGGAUGACGGCGUGCGGGAGUGGGUGGCGGAGCCGGAGCCCGGGGUGCUGCUGACGCUGUCGCCGCGGCCCGACGGCAGCAACCGCCUCCGCAGGGUGCGGUUCAGGGAGGAGCUGUUCGACGCGAGGGCGGCGCAGAGCUGGUGGGCCGACAACCACGACCGCAUCGUCGAGCUCUACAGCGUCGUCCAGUCCGACGACGAUGACGAUGACGACGCGGCGGGCGCCAUGCCUGCCAGCCCAUGCCAGUCCGCCGAAGAAGAAGCGCCGCAGGACGCGACGACGCCCCGCGCGGAGUCAUGGUCACCGUCGACGUCCAACUUCUCCGGCGAGCCGUCCAGCGGCAGCGGGUCAGCCGGCACGGUGGGCUCGCCGAUACUGGGCCUAGUCACUGCACCCGACAACCGCAGCGGCAGCAAAGCACCACCACCAAGGACACCUAGAGCAGCGGCGGCUCAACAGGACAACGAGGACAAUGAGGAAGAGGAGGACGUCGGCGACCAGCAGUGGAAGGAGUGGGUGGAGGAGUACGAUCCGGGCGUGUUCCUCACCGUCCGCGCCUACCCCGACCACCCCCUCCAGCUCCGGCACGUCGAGCUCAGCCGUGAGAGGUUCGGCGAGGUGAAGGCGAGAGUGUGGUGGGAGGAGAACAAGGACAAGCUGCGCAGCCUCUACUCCUUCUGA